UCCGUGUCCGUGUCGAGCUGAGUCCAGACGUUGUCGUCGCCCAACGCUGUGUGCAAAAAAUAGUUCAAGCGAGCCAUACAUAGAUACAUUUUCCACAAUAUUUUGUGUUGAGUAAUGAAAAGCUAAAAAUGAAAAUAAAAUGACGAUAGACGAACCAAGUUAAUAGCAACAAAGAAACCAAAAAGUAUGACCAAACUUCAAGCAAGCAGCAAAUUGAACAAUUGAAACACAAAAAAUGAGACAAUUAAGCUGCAGCAACAACAAUAACAACAACAGCAACAACAAUAGCAAUCGCAAUAGCAAUAGCAACAAGAACAGCUUGCUAAGCACGGACAACGAUAACGAUAACGAGAAGAGCAACGGCAACGGCAAGGCUAAAGCAUAUUGAGCCAACCAGCUAUGGAAUGGAGCUUCAAUUUGGAUGACGAAUUGACGGUAUUGCUGCUGUAACUGAGAACGCAACUCCUCUGCGGAUAUUUUGUAAUAUUUAUUAAUGAACGGUAGUGCGUGAGCGGAAUAUUGAGUGAGUGAGUGAGUGAGUGAGUGAGCAGCAGCAGCGAGAGGUGCGGAACUCAUUUAAAAUGUACAUUCUGUAGCAGCGAAUGUAACACGAAAUCCCCAAAAGGAUAUCAACGCAACGAAAGGCUCAAUUACAAGGAAUUUUCUAAAGCGCAUGCUAAACCCAACUGAGGCAGCUCAAAGCACAGUAAAAAUAAUUAAAAAACCAGAGAGACGACGAGACGUGCUAAAAAACGUGCAAACAUUAUAAUCGAGUUGCAGCACGGCUGAUGAGCGGCGGCUGAUGAGCGGGGCAAAGGCAAAUGUAAGCAAUUAGAGUGUGGCAAGCAGCAAGCAGCAGCGUUCAAGCGUUGGCGAACUCUCCUCCAGCUGCUGAACUAAUGCAACUCCUGCUGAGCUUUGCCCUGCCGCCAAGUCGAACGCCUACGCACUGGCAGCGCAUGCAAUAGGCAAGAGGAGAAGCAAGUUGCAAGUUUUCAAAAGCAGGACAACUCUUGGGAACACAGACACACACAAAAACAUAUACACACGCACACACACACAAACAUAAAUAUACAUGCAUAUGCACUGAUGUACUGACUGAAUGCCUCGCUGCCUAAACAACCAACUAACUCACUGACUGAGAGACUACUAAACCAAGAGUGGAAGCCGAAGGAGCAAAUGAUCUAAGAGAGCAUUGCAAGCAAAGCGUAUGGCGUGGAAUUCAACUAAUAACUGCAACUGAUACUAAACGGCUAAACAUCAACUAAAAAUUUACUUUAUACGCAACCAAAAACACACGAAAGAAAUCAAAAAGUUUUUAACUGCAAUGCAACUACCAAUACCACAACAAUAACAACAACAACAACAAUCACAUACUGUUUUUUAAAUAAAUCACACUUGCGCACCUACGACUUAUAAGGGAAUAUAACAACAACAAAUUAAUCAAAGCAAUUAGCAAACUUCCACACACCACAAAAAAAAAAAAAAAAACAAAAACCUUUUUGACUUUUGCCACGCACCUCAACAACAACAACAAUACUGCACCACCAUGAGUGAUUCAGCAAUGGAGAAAUUAUGCAAACUGACGCCCCGCACACGCAGCCCUCUGCUCACAAUAUGGCUGGCCAUCAAUAUGGCCCUUAUCGUACAGGAGAGCGGACCCGGACACAAACGGAGCACCACAGUGCAAGCAGCUACUGGUGGCGGCAGCAUGUUGGGUGACGUUAACAUAUCCGCUAUACUCGACUCCUUUAGUGUUAGUUACGACAAAAGAGUAAGACCCAACUAUGGUGGACCUCCCGUCGAAGUUGGAGUCACCAUGUACGUGCUGUCGAUCAGCUCGCUCUCAGAAGUGAAAAUGGACUUUACAUUGGAUUUUUACUUUCGUCAAUUUUGGACCGAUCCUCGUUUAGCGUAUAGAAAACGACCUGGUGUAGAAACACUGUCGGUUGGAUCAGAGUUCAUAAAAAAUAUUUGGGUACCUGACACCUUUUUUGUAAAUGAAAAACAAUCAUAUUUUCAUAUUGCAACAACCAGUAAUGAGUUCAUUCGAGUGCAUCAUUCUGGAUCGAUAACAAGAAGUAUUAGAUUGACCAUUACCGCAUCGUGUCCCAUGAAUCUACAAUACUUUCCAAUGGAUCGCCAGCUGUGCCACAUUGAAAUCGAAAGCUUUGGUUACACGAUGCGAGAUAUCCGUUAUUUCUGGAGAGAUGGACUGAGUAGUGUGGGCAUGAGCAGUGAGGUCGAACUACCGCAGUUCCGUGUCCUGGGACACAGGCAGAGGGCGACCGAAAUAAACCUAACCACAGGCAACUAUUCGCGAUUAGCCUGCGAAAUCCAAUUUGUGCGCUCGAUGGGCUAUUAUCUUAUACAAAUCUACAUACCCUCUGGACUGAUCGUUAUUAUAUCAUGGGUAUCAUUUUGGCUCAAUCGCAAUGCAACGCCGGCGCGUGUGGCGCUCGGUGUGACAACCGUGUUGACAAUGACCACUUUGAUGUCGUCAACAAAUGCAGCGCUGCCAAAGAUUUCGUACGUCAAGUCGAUUGACGUCUAUCUGGGAACAUGCUUCGUUAUGGUCUUUGCCAGUCUACUGGAAUACGCCACCGUCGGCUAUAUGGCAAAACGAAUUCAAAUGCGAAAACAAAGAUUUAUGGCGAUCCAAAAGAUAGCUGAACAGAAAAAGCAACAGCUCGAUGGUGUGCAGCAGCAGGCCAAUCCGAAUCCGAAUGUCGGAGGCGGACCCGGUCCUGAGCAUGGACAUGGGCAUGGUCAUCAUGCCCACAGCCAUGGUCAUCCGCAUGCGCCCAAACAAACAGUGAGUAACCGCCCAAUCGGCUUUACAAAUAUCCAACAAAACGUUGGUACGCGCGGUUGCUCGAUAGUGGGACCCUUGUUCCAGGAGGUGAGAUUCAAGGUCCAUGACCCGAAGGCACACUCGAAGGGCGGCACACUGGAGAAUACCGUGAAUGGCGGACGUGGUGGUCCCCAGUCCCACGGUCCUGGAGCCGCGCCCCCAGGCGGUGGCGGUGGUGGCGGACCGCCAGAUGCUGGCGGAGACCCCGAGGCAGCGGUCCCAGCACACUUACUGCACCCUGGCAAGGUAAAAAAGGACAUUAACAAACUGCUGGGCAUUACGCCCUCGGAUAUUGACAAAUAUUCCCGCAUUGUGUUUCCGGUGUGUUUCGUUUGCUUCAAUCUGAUGUACUGGAUCAUCUACCUGCAUGUGAGCGACGUUGUCGCUGAUGAUCUGGUGCUCCUGGGUGAGGAAUAAGUGGCCGGCAAGCCAACUAGGAGUAGGCGUGGGCGAGUGAACAGCGCACAAGAGAGUCAAACUAUGCAGCGCGCUGAAAAACAAAGCAACAAGACAACAAAAAGAAAAUUGAGAGAAGAAGGGGAUGAGGAAAGGAGAAAACCAAACUAAUUUUAACUAGCAAUUUAAACAAAUGCAAAACAAAACAAAACAAAACACAAAACAAAUUAUUGUUAAAAACUAAAAACAAACACACAACAAAGACAUAUUACAAGGUCGAGAGCAAAGAAAAUAUUGUUAAAUAGAUUUACGCAAGGCAAAUGAAAUAAUUAUAAUAAAAUUUAGCAUACAUAAGACAAAACGCAUACAUAUAAAUAUACAGAUGAAUAAUCAAAAGCAUCAGCAUAGCAAAACGUAGAAAAAAUUAAAAAUGCAAAAAAAAAACAAACAAUUAACUAAAUUAAAGCAUAAACCGCAACUAAGAGAAGCAUAAACAAGAAAAUAUUUAAAAACUUAGAGUGAAGCAUAAAUAAAUAACAAAAAUAACUAGCGCAAUUAAGUA